AUGGUUUUACAAAGUAUCAAGUUUAUUGUGUUACGUCCAAGGGGCAUACCUCAAAAUUUGGAAGCGGAAAUAAAUUGUAGUGAUUAUGUAAGGAAUAUAAAAAAUAAAUUAUUUCAAGAAGAUACAAGCAAAGGCUUAAAUGUGCGAUUUAUUUAUAUGGGCAAAAUAUUAGAUGACAAAAAAAAACUAGAGGACUACUUAAAUUUUUAUACUCAGGAUAUUUUAAUGAACAAUAAAAUUACAAAUAUAUUUAAUGAAAAUAAAAAAAGAUAUUCUACAAAAAAAAUGCUAAAUGAUAUUAUGAAUACAAAUAUAAAUACAACAACCAAAGAAAGUGUAGCAAUAACGAUACAUGUAAAAAUCACAGAAAGUUUUUCAUCUUCAAGAAAUGAUACCUUUGACGGUAAAAAUAUCAAUACGUCUUUGGCUCGAUUAAGUCUUAUAAUGUUUGUUUCUCUCUUAUGGAUUUACAGAUAUAAUUAUGCACAUAUAUUUCCAGUAUUUUCAACUGUAGUCUUAUUUAUUUUUACAAUUUUUAUUGCUACAAUUAUAUUUCACAACUACAUAAUAUUAAUUGUUAACGUCUUAAUACAAAUAAUAAUAACCCUAUAUCAAAUAUUCAAACACUCCUUUAAAAAGAUAUAUGAAUAUAUUAAGAAGAAGAUACAAAAGUAUUAUAAAAAUAAAAAAGGAACCCCAAAAAUUAAAUAA